AUGGCGCUUGCGCGGCUCGGAGCGUCGAUUCCGGCGCUGCUGCUGGCCAUGGUGCCGUGGUUGGUUGCCGGGGACGAGGCGGAGUGCGCACAGGCAACCCCACGGGGUCUGCGCCAGCAGGUGGUGGUCAUCGGCGACGGGGUGUACAACCCGCUGGUGGGGCCCUUCCCGGAUGGGUGCUCGCCCGGCGACCCCUUCAUCACCCAGGGCUUCUGCUCCGGGGGUGAUGCCUUUUUCUCCGGCGUGCUGAAGUACGGUGACGACGAGGUGGCGGCCAUGGAGCGCAACGCGCGCGCCUAUCUGCUGGAGGAUCACGGGCUGGACGCGGCCGAAUUAGAGGCCACGGGCCAGGCCGUGUUCUUCAACUACACACUUGACCCCAGGCUGGGGCUGGUGGUGUCGGCCAUGGGCGGGGAGUGCGUGCCCAGGCGGGGCUACGCGGUGAGGGACGGCGGAUUCGGGCUGGCCAUCACGGCGGACAGGGGGGUGAUGCUCAGGGGAGGGAUCGAUAGGCCGAGGAACGGGUACACUGCCGAAAGGGGGAGCGCGUUGCUGUUCGGGGCGUACAGCAUCAAGGUGACGGGGUCCGCGGCCAGGCGGGUUGUGGUGCGGUACAAGGCUACGGCGCCGGUGGCGCAGGACCGGGGGCUGGGGGGCGUGCCAAUAUCGUACGCGUUGAGCAGCGAGGAGUGGGGGGAGGGCCAGGCGCUGGGGGUGAACGCGGACGAGACCACCCUGAACGGGACGAUGCGCCACGCGGACCGGGUGGUGAUGACCUUUCCGCCGUACGCGGAGGCGAGCUGA